GGUCACGGCGCAUGCGCAGAGCCGCCCGACCGCUCGGGGCGACCCGCCCGGCUCAGCUGACAGCUCGGGGCACGGAAGAGGUGGCGCGCGCGGAGCCUGCGGGGCGUCUCGGGCUGGGCCGGCGGGCGUCGAUGACUGAACUUCUGUAGUGUUUGUAGUAUGAGUUCCACACCUUGGCCUCUUACCGAAGGCCAGCAGUCCCAUCUCCACUGUCUGGUGAAUAAAUGGAUGUGCGUGAAUUUCACACUCUGAACUGAGGCACUACAGUUGUUAAUAUCCUUUUCCUCUGGUGGUUCUUAACAGCUCCUCAGAAAAUUAAAUGUCGUCUGAAGACCGAGAAGCUCAGGAGGAUGAGUUGCUGGCACUGGCGAGUAUUUACGAUGGGGAUGAGUUCAGAAAAGCAGAGACUGUCCAGGGUGGAGAGACCAGGAUCUACUUGGACUUGCCACAGAAUUUCAAGAUAUUUGUGAGCGGCAACUCAAAUGAGUGUUUCCAGAAUAGUGGCUUUGAAUACACCAUUUGCUUUCUGCCUCCACUUGUGCUGAACUUUGAACUGCCACCAGAUUAUCCAUCUUCCUCCCCACCUUCAUUCACACUUAGUGGCAAAUGGCUGUCACCAACUCAGCUCUCUGCUCUCUGCAAGCAUUUGGACAAUCUUUGGAAGAGCAUCGUGGCAGUGUGGUCCUGUUUUGCCUGGAUGCUGUUUCUUAAGGAGGAAGGAACCCUGGCGUAUCUGAAUAUCGUCUCUCCCUUUGAGCUCAAGAUGGAUGCUCCGAAAAAAGUGCCAAGAAGGAUGACACCAGCCUCUUCCAAUGCAGAGCUAGAGUUUGGAGGCGCGGCCUGCUCUGAUGGAGACCAGGAGGAAGUCGUGGAUGUGCGAGCAGUUCAGGAUGUGGAAUCAUUGUCAAGUCUAAUCCAGGAAUCUUUGGACUUCGAUCAAGCUCAGCUAGAUAAAAAUGCUUCAAUAGUAAAUUUGUUCCUGUGCAAUAUCUGUUUCAAUGAGAAGCUAGGGAGUGAGUGCAUGUACUUCUGGGAGUGCAGGCAUGUGUACUGCAAGACUUGUCUAAGGACUACUUUGAAAUCCAGAUCAAAGGACGGCCAAGUUCACUGCCUCAACUGCCCAGAACCCAAGUGCUCUUCAGUGGCCACUCCUGGUCAGGUGAGAGAACUGGUGGAUGCAGACUUGUUUGCACGCUACGACCGCCUUCUCCUCCAGUCCACCCUGGACCUGAUGGCAGAUGUGGUGUACUGCCCCCGCCCUAGCUGCCAGUUGCCCGUCAUGCAGGAGCCCGGCUGCACCUUGGGCAUUUGCUCCAGCUGCAAUUUUGCUUUCUGUAUCUUGUGCCGGCUGACCUACCACGGGGUCUCUCCAUGUAAGGUGUCUGCCGAGAAAUUAAUAGACUUAUGCAAUGAGUAUCUGCAAGCAGAUGAUGCCAGUAAAAGGUUUUUGGAGCAGAGGUAUGGGAAGAGGGUGAUACAGAAAGCGCUGGAAGAGAUGGAAAGUAAGGACUGGCUGGAAAAGAACUCUAAGAACUGCCCGUGCUGUGGGACCCCAAUCGAGAAGAUAGAUGGCUGUAACAAGAUGACAUGUACUAGCUGCAUGCAGUAUUUCUGCUGGAUUUGCAUGAGCUCACUCUCCCGAGCAAACCCAUACCAGCACUUCACUGACCCUGCCUCCCCGUGUUUUCAAAGGUUAUUUCAAGCUCUGCAUGUAAAUGGAGAUAUUUGGGAAGAGGACAUUGAAGACUAACUCCUUCG